AGUAUUUCUGGAUGAACUCGCGUUGGACUUUCCCACAAUGCUUAGAGAGGGAAGGAGGGUUCCUCCCGAGGAGGCCGGGAUCACGUUGUUCUUUAACUCCCUCCCUCGGCACCUCUCCAUUAUUACGUCCGAGUGCACUUGUUCCUCCCGAGGCUUCCUCGCCGCCUCUCCGGUUGAAAAACUAUCUAUCUAACGUAUUUCCCUCCGUUCCUUUCGCCCUGGAAAUAAACGGAGAGCUGCUUGCUGCUGCCUAAUUUCACCACCGGCUCUGGGGAGAGGAUCUCUCCCCCAGCAUCCCAUGGCGUCCCUGCCUGCAUCCUCAGUCCAGGCAUGACCGUCGCUGCCAGCAAACACAGUGUUCAGCCUGGUUCCUCUUUCAACAACACCAUCCCCAACUCCAGCCCCGUGCAGAUGGAUGAGGUCGAAGGCCCGCGGUUGAGGAACGUCCCUGAGGACGCUGUGUCCCUGGCUUACUCUUCGAAUGAGCCCAUCGACCUAGAAGAUUCCCAUUAUGUGGCGCUGCGAGCAGCGCUGGAGGCCGACCUUCAGAACCUGGAGGCGCAGACGUGGGGCGUGUCUGUGGACCAGAACUACCGGAUGGCCCUGACCAAAGAGGCUGUUAAGAGACAGGAAGUCAUCUAUGAGUUGAUCCAGACGGAGAUGCACCACGUACGCACCUUAAAAAUCCUCUUGUACGUCUACGGCCACGAGUUGAAGCAGUCUUCGCUGAUAGAGGAGACCCGACUCGAGGAGCUCUUUCUUGUGGUGGAAGAGCUGCUCAACUGCCAUCAGCACUUCCUGGACUGCCUCAAACUGCUCAAACACCAAAGUCACGAGGAGGGGAGCCCCCACAACUACCAGAUCACACAGCUGGGAAAUGCACUCAUCCCUCAGUUUUCAGGUGCGCUGGGAGAAAGGAUGAUGAAUCUUUACAGUGUAUUUUGCAGUAGUCACACUGAAGCCGUCAACCUCUACAAAGAGCAGCUGCAGAAUAACAAGAAAAUGCAGAUUCUCAUUAAGAAAGUAGGUCAGCUUCCCCUUGUGCGACGGUUGGGUGUCCCGGAGUGUUUCCUUUUGGUGACUCAACGCAUCACAAAGUACCCCAUCCUGGUGGAGCGAAUCAUACAGAACACUGAAGCUGACACAGAUGAGUACAGGUCUCUGGUCCAGGGCUUGGCGCUGAUCAAAGACACCAUCUCGCAGGUGAACGCUAAGGUCAGUGAGUACGAGAGAGCCGCUCGCCUGCGAGAGAUCGCCCUUCGCCUGGAGCAGAAAUCUCAGGGACGGCUAAAAAACGGCGUGCUGCUCCGCAGGGAGGAUUUGAUCCAGGGAAACAGGACGCUGAUGCACGAAGGCCCCCUCACCUGGAAGUCCUCCGGGAGGCAGAAAGAAAUCCACGCUGUGCUGCUGUCAGACAUGCUGCUCCUCUUACAAGAGAAGGAUCAGAAGCUCGUGUUUGCUGCUGUGGAGAACAAACCACCAGUGAUCUCUCUUCAGAGGCUCAUCGUUAGGGAGGUGGCUCAUGAGGACAAAGCCAUGUACCUUAUCUCUGAAUGCAACACUAGCAUGCCGGAGAUGUACGAGAUCCACACGCGCUCCAGAGAGGAAUGCAUCUCAUGGAUGGCGCGGAUCCGGCAAGCUGUGAACUGCUAUUCAGAAGAGGAGGUGUACCUUCAACUGACUACUAGGCUGCAACAAUUUCAAGCUAAUCUGAGGAUGAGGGACGAGCUGAUAAUGCAAAGUCUGACGGAGAAGCAGCAGCUCUUUGCUGCUCUCUACGAGACAAUCACGGAGCAGGAAACCCCCCACAAAGGACUGCUGCUGCGAGGAGACACCUCUGACCUCCAGCAGGGGACAACACUGCUCAAAGGAGCCAUAUAUGAGGUUGAAAACCUGCAGAGCAUACUCUUCACAAGGAUCAAAGACCCGGACCUUCUUCUGGGUGACAGUAAGACGCAGGAGGAACUGCUCUGGGAGGCCGAGACCAUUGGAGGGGCUGAUGAUGAAGAUGCAUCUGGCAGCGAGGAUGUUCCCAUCACCAGUGACCCUCAGCUCCAGGAGAGUCCCGGCUCCGACAGCCCGGAACAGUCUGCCGACGACAAAGUUGACGCAAAGACGCCAAACGGCAAGUUCACCUCCAGUCAUUGUUCUGAGGCAGAGGUGUUGGACAAGGUGAUACUGCUCGCACAGAGGCUGUACAGCCUGGAAGCAAUAGUCACGCAGCAGGACAGUCAGAUUGAGCUGCUGCAGACUUUUCAGACCAAGAGCAAGCAGCCCGCCCGCCAUUACAGCAGCAUGCUGCUGGAGCAGGAGAAGCAGCGCAACUCUGAGAAGCAGAAGGAGCAGCUCGCCAACCUGCACAAGCUGCAGGCCCAGCAUCGAGAGGAGCAGCAGCGCUGGGAGAAGGAGAAGGAGGAGCACAGGGUGGAGAUCGAGUCUCUCCAGGCCCGGCUGCAACAGAGGGAGGAGGACUGCCAGCAGUGGGAGCGGAAGCUCGCCGUAGAGAAGGAAGAGUUGGAGGAGCUGAAGAAAGGCUAUCAGGAGGACCUAGAGAGGCUGAGGGAGUCCACAAAAUCAGUGGACCGGGACAAGGAGCGUCUAAAUCAGGAGAGGGAGCGUCUUGAGCAGCUGCAGGAGAAAAUAAAGAAGAUCUACCCGGGAAACUAUGAUGAUCCUGCACAGUUCAAGAUUCUCUCCAGUCACCAGACUUUCAGGGGAAGCACCGUGAACGGAAGUGGGACUUUAACUCCGAAACGCGACUUGUUUCCCACAAGAGACUCGUUGGAAAUCCCUCCAAAGGUUCCACCACGCAGGCAGAGCAUAUGCCCCCCGCAGGCCAAGACCGAGCUGCCGGCCCACCUGAUCAGCACCACCAACAAGGCGCAGAAACCCGCUGUGUCCGUGCAGCAGCAGAUCCCCACCAAGCUGGCUGUUCAGUCCAAGGAGAAGGGCCAUAAGAGCAGGAAGUCCCACAGUAGAACGCUGAGUGCAGCAUCCAUAGACGUAAGCCAGGUGCUGCCCAUCCGAGUGACAGGGAAAGAAGGAGGAAGCCUGAGAACCAAAAGCAGCAGGAACAACAACAGCAGCAACAGCAGCCGUCUCCGAAUCACCCAACCAGGUGCCUUCACCCCACCAGUAUCUGCCCACAGCGUGAAAACAUCUCAGUCCUUCAGCACAUACGAGAGAGACGAGGCUCCGCCGCCACCGCCUCCUUUUCCUCAAGAUAUUCUCGCUGCGGUCAAAGACAAGGUAACAUUCCUUUAACCACAAACCUCCGCCUGAAGUUCCGAUGAGGCCGUCAUAAAGACUUUUACACUUGGAAGGACGGACAAUGGACGUGACUUCAUGACAUGCAGCAGGAAGAGGACAGUUCCUAUUCUGAUAUUUUAUCACCAUCGACCAGCUGUUUGUGUUCAGAUGAUCUUGAAAUAAGUAAAGAGAUACUGAUGGACAUGAUUUAUAGAUGUACAUUUGUCUUGAGGGUUAAAAAAAACAAAAAACAGCCGGAACAAAAUUGUUAUUGGGGAAGAUAUUUUAAAUGGAGAUGUUACAAGACCUUCAUUUGGCAAAGUCUUUGCCAAAGUUAUUUUUUUUAAUCAUUUUAUUCUAAAUGAAAGUGUAUUGUCUUAAAGCAUUAGCACUUGUGUCUUAACUCUAUUGCAUUCUUUUAAAUUGAAUAAGUGAUGAAUACAGUUUGUUUAUAUGGGGAGAGAACGUUAUGUUUCAGAAUCGAUCAGAUGAUCAUUUUCUGCUGUGUCUUUUAAUCAAAUCAUCAAUUGAUGGAGUUUUACUUUGGUUAUAAAUCCUGUCGCCUCUUUUGUUCUUCCUGACAGGAGACCGUGACAAAAGGGGGUUUCAGUUCAGAUAACUGCUGGAAGAGUUUUAGAAUAAAAGAGAAUUAUUUCAGAGUGUACUUGCCUGUGGCAAGGUUUAACAUUCUGUUUAUUGGCCGCUUUUUGGUUCAAGUCCCAGCUAAUGAGUCAGGGAAUAAAAGAUGGUCAACUUGA